CUUCCUCCUAGGACGCCUGCACGUGGGAGCUCUCAAAGAAGAAGGCCCUUCUAAUUCCGUUAUGGACCAUCAAACACCAAAUUUAAAGAAUGGUAGACUUUCCUUUGCUCAUAACCAUCUACCACCUUCUUUCAAGGGGACUAGAAGUUUGGAAACAAGAAGCACACAUCAAGGAAUGCGCCAUCAUAUGAACGGAAAAAAAUCUUCCCAUUGCAGUGACCUUAUGGAAUCAUCAUACCCAACAGAGUCCACUGAUCUCUCAAGAUGCAGGCAGCCCAACAUUUUGCUUCAGAUGUUCCCUCUCAACGCAUAUGUCUUCGAUUUCGAAGAGGACUUGACGAGAUUAAACGAAGUACACUGCAAGUAUAACCAUCAUGAAGACAAAAGAAAGAAGCAUAGACCACACAAGAAUCAUGAAGGAAAUGAAAAAGAAAUAGCAUACGGACUGCACAAGGAUAACAAAGGACAAGAAGAUCAGAUUGAUGGAGACGGAAAAUUCCAAAAGACAAACGCCAGCCACCUUGGAAGGCAUGAAUUUAUGUGGUUCAAUAACAUAAGGACUUGGCUCUCCACACAAGGAUAUAUACGGUCCAUAUUGAGAAAGCAUGUGCCUCACCAGGAAACCUGGCUCAACAUGCACUAUGUAAAGGCAUGGCUAGGAGGGGCAUCCAUAAGCACACUGUCGGAGGAGUACAAGGAGAAAAAGAAAGAUGGGCUUAGAGUGCAGAGAGCCCAAGUGCAUGCAGCAUUAGCAGUGGCAGGUGUGGCUGCUGCCAUUCUUGGGUUUGCUGCAAACAGUACAAGUGGUUGGGAUCCUGCCCUGGUUUCCGCAGCUUCACUGGUGGCCGCAGUGUGCUCUGAGACAGCUGAAGCAUUGGGUGCUGACGGAGCGUGUGUCUCCUCGGUCGUCAACUCAGCCAUCCUUGCUUGCUCCCCAAAUGAAAUCCUCACGCUCACGGCAUCUGCUGCCACUUGUUUAAGAGGUGCUGCAACUCUUCAAUGUAGAGUUCAUUCAGACAAGGGAUUAUGCACGCAACAAUGUGCAAGGCCGGACCCUAAGCAACAAAGCAGCAGUGGCAAAGACACACACCACGCCACAGAUUCAAUGGUAAAUGAGGCAGCACUUUCUAGUGGAGCUGACCUUACCAUACGUACCCAUGAUGGCAAGAAGACACAGAAAAGGAACGUGCGUGUGCUGCCCAGUUGCAGCGUUCAAAACAAGGUUGUCAUGAGGUUGACAAAGAAAUGCCUUGGUGGAUUCAUCGUAACAACAAAGGAAUAUGAAAUCAUGACUCCUCCUACCAAAGAGGAAGAUAAAGGCAUGUUACACUUGCUAAAGGUGGAUACCAGGGGUGGAGGAACCACAUGUAUUCUUUUUAUGCAUAAGAAGGAGAGGGACAUCUGGAGUUGCACAAUCGCUCAUAUGUUAAAACAAAAAAUACCAUGACAAUAUGGCUGUCGCAGGAUAAGCAGAAAUAUUAGUGAACUGAGUUUGCACAUCUUCCCAAAGUAGAGACUUCCGCUGGAUCAUAUAUGCCGAAUACCAAGAAGCUGCAUUCCCUACUUUAUUACACUUAUUAUUAUCUGUCGUAUUGGAUAUAACCAUCUAAAUAUCGUCAACCAUGCAUCUUUAUUGACGACUGAAUCUGAGGCCAUAGAGCCCAUAUCAAGUAUGUGAUAGAUGUAAGAAACGCGCUUCCUUUUUCCUAAUAAUUGUGGUGCA